UACAAAAGUGAUGAUGUCACUGCAUCUGAGGGUCAGUUCUGAGAAUCCUGACAUGAAUGGAACCCUAUGUCUGGCAGUUACAGAAAAAACUGCAGUAGAGCAAGAAGCAUUUUUAUAAAUAUUCCUACAAAAUCUGCCAUUGGUAGUAUUUUUAUUUUUUUCUUCAAUUCAUUUACAUAAGCAAGGCUACCCAGUUCUUCCUCCCUGAGAUCUAAGUCUUCACCAUGACAGAAGGUAGGGCCAAAAGGGAUCUCAUUGGGAGAGACCGUACUAGAUGUCAGCCACUGGUGACUCCCUCAACUGUAAAGGCAGUCAUCUCAAAGAUUGAAACAGCCCAGCUGAAGCGAGCUCAAGAGGACAUUUCUAUCCAGCUUUCUGACAUUUUGGGCAAUGUCAAUGGUGUCAUCAAACGCUUCCAAGAAGAUUUAGGAUCAGAUCUGAAAGGAAACAAAAAAAGUCGAGGGGAACGAGAGAAGGGCAAGAAGAGGUUCGUCUUGCUGGAGAAAAUAGCCUCCUUCUCAAAGGCUGCUGAGACAAAAGAGAAGAACCUCUAUGAAAUUCUCAACUGGAUGAGUGACUGGGGUGACAGUUUGUCUUACGAAAUCAAACCUAAGGAAUGUGACAAACAAGAUGAAUGGGUGGAAGUCAUGGAGAGGGUGCUACCACUUUCUCUCAUUGCCACAGAGGGCGGCAUCGAGUCUUUGAUUUCCCUUUGUUCUAAUCUGAUUGAAGACCAAAAGAAAAGAACGAUAAGGCCCAAGGGAAAUUUUUGGAAAGCCUGGAGGGAAAAGAUUCUACAUAAAUCUUCCAUCUCACUUCAGCCUCUGAGCCCAGAGCAGAUGCUUCAAGAUGAAAAUACCACAAAUGCAAAGAUAGCUGAGGUCCGGGCCAUGCUUCAGGAGCUCUUGGACUUUGCCAUAUUCAACAAGGGAGAAAUCAAAGCCAUCAAGUAUAUGUCUACUAUGGUAGAAAAUCUUAAUCAGGCCUUGAUACUUCAGUUUCAAGAAAACCAUAAGAUGGAAAUCCAGUACAGACUCCUAGAAGUAGAGAUGUCAAAAGAGAUAAACAAGCAAAAGCUCCUCUUUCAGAAGGAGCUCCAAGUCCUUGAGGACAUGAAGAAUGCUCUAGAGAUGCAGGUCCAAGCAUCAGAGCAGAAAUACCAACAACUUCUCCAGGAAGAAACAACCAUGAGAUACCAAUUGCAAAUGGGUGGAGGUAAAAGGGACAGAAGAGACUUCACUGAAUAUGUUUCUAGUCCCCUAAAAUCUCAGACCUCUCAAAAUAUGAGCCUCCCCACAACUGAAGAAGGACUAGAGACAGAAAUGGAACAGAAGCCUGAGGAAAUGGUAGGACAAUCAUCCCUGGAAGAAGAAAAGGAGGAGGAAGAGAAGAAAGAAGAAGAGGAAAGAGAGGAAAAGGAGGAAGCAGCUCAGCUCUUUUCAAACACCCAGACAAAGGAUAUGGCUGUCGAUAUGGGGGAUGACUUCACACCUUUCUUGAAGCAGCUACUUCCAAAAAUGAACUUGUACCCUGAACACUCUGAAGACUUAGGUAUCCAUGCUGAAAAUGCCAUAGUUUCCAAGUACAAGGUCACUGCUUUGAAACCUACAGGCUACAGAGGCACAGAUGACAUAUAUUCUGAAAAAAGAGAAGAAGUAGAUAAAAGUACAGUCUGGAUCAAUGAAGAAGAUUCAGAUGUGUCCAGAGAAAGCUGGGGAGACCUGCCAACUAAAAUGUCUCCAAAAGAGAAGACAGGCCUCCCACAAGAAGAGCAAGCAGAGGAAGAGAGACAUUGGCAAAAAAGAAGGAAGGAAUGGCAGGCAGAAGAGAAGAGGUGGCAAGAGCAGCAGAAAAAGUGGAAACAACUAGAAAAGGAACACAAAGAGAAACAACGGCAGUGGAAGCUGCAGGAGGAAGAGCUGUAUAAGAAGAUGCAAGAAUAUAUAGACUAUAGCUUAUUAAUGAAGCAGAGAAGGGAGCUAGAUGAGCAGAAGCUGGAGCAGAACAAGGAGCCUUUUAUGUCCUUGUCACCAACUACAAGGAGGGGGAUGGAGGUGAAAAGGGUUUAUCAGACUCAAUUAGCAAGGGAGAAAUUCCAAACAUCUAUGAUCUAUGAAUCCCAGCUGCCCUCAGUCAGGACUUUUGGAUCCCAGGGGGCUCAUCAAGGAUCCAUGAAAAUGGGGCCCUUUUCCUGCAUUGGAAUGUCUUUCAAAUCUUUUCCCUGUCCCUUUCCCAGUAAAUCCAGCACUUUUGAAAGACUGAUCUCUCUACCAAAGGAGAAGAAGUACUAUUUGGAUGUUCUGGCUCAGAGAAAGAACUUGUUGCUCUUGAGUGAGGCUGCUGAGAGCAUGGGCAUUCCUGUUCACCUGCACAGUCUGGCCAGGAAGCUGAUCAUAGAAACACUCUAUACUAAUGUCGCCAGGUUCUGGUACCUGAUCCAGAAAUACAGCACCUAUAGGACGUUCCAAUGUUUAAGGCAGGAAGUAAGCAACCAUAUAGAAGCCAGACAAAUAACUGGAAAUGUCGAUGAUGCACAAAACUUUAACAUCUUUCUGGAAAAAAUUGACAAGUAUGAGAGCCGCAGGCUGCAGAUCUGGACAGAAAAGCAGAAAGUUCUGGAGCAGGACAGAGGAGAUUGUCUGGAGCAAAUGAUGUCCUUAUUCUCCCAGCUCCGAGAGGAAUGGGAUCUGAACCUGAGUGCUCCAAUUCUCAUAACUACUUUAGAGAAGCAGAAAAAAACAGCAACAAUAACAAUACCAAAGAAACACACCCAUUUCAUCAGGACUGGCGGAACACAUCCCAAACAGCCCCCAAUGGCUAAACAUCAGGAGUAUCUUGAAUUUCUGAAGAUUGCUCGACAAAGAGGGAUUGGAAUAGAGUCUAUCUGGAAGACAGAUCUGUCUACCUCCAGUUAUCCAGUACAAAAGAAGACUCCUGCGAGUGUUAUAUGGUCCCAGAUUGGUGGGUACCCAGAUUUUCCUCGAAUGGUGGAAUUAGAUAUCCAUUCCCCCUGCCACAAAUGCUUGGAAUUCCUAAGAACAAGAUCACCAACCAUUUUCAAAAGAAAAUCCAUCGUUGACAGAGACAAUGAACUCAUUCAUGAGGAGCCGACUGAAUCAGUGUCUGAAAUCUGAGCUAAGAAAAGAACAUAGAUAGAGAUAUUGGACGAUGUCAGAGAGAUGCCUCUUCCUUCUCCAAACUCCACCAUUUUGAUCCACUUUGAUUUGCUAAGCUCCUCAAACCUAUUCUUGUACACGCUUAAUGAAUAAAAUAGAUCUCUGUUAUUUUCUUCAUUUCUUCACUGAUGCCCACA